AUGGGCCUCCUUUCCGAAGCAUGCAAUUGUGGCGAGUCUCAUCACUCUAUCAAUGUUCUUGCCAUAUAUUGGGACCGCUAUGAGUCUGUCGACAUGUUUGAGUGUCAUCAGAGGCCGGUUGCAGAUCAGCUUCUUGCUCGGGGAUUGUUUCCGUGUGCACCGUGCAAACCGUCCCUGGCUUUCUCCUUAGAAAUGCUGGAGUUUGCUUCACAAUUUUUCGUUCACAUGGCACCAAACAACCACGCAUUUGUGGCUACCAUUGAGGUGGUUCUUGCUGCCAAUGGAUUCCCAUUUCAAACCGAAGAUUCGUUGCAGCGCCGCUUUUCCAAUGCACUUCUCCAUUAUCAAAUACUCAUCUGGGAAGUGGAUGCAGAGGUCCAGCGUUUGGCUCGUGAGCCUUCAAUUGGCCAAUGCAGAUGCUACUCGCCCUGCUAG